AUGUCAGCCAACGACUUCUACAACUCCGGCCAGCAGGGCCAAAGAUCUGACAACAAUUAUCAGAGCAACAACCAGGGUGGUCCUGGUGGCCAAGGCGGCCAAAACCAAGGUGGAGAAGGCGGUGACCGUUCUCUUCUUACCUCUGCCAUUGGCGGUGCUAUGGGUGGCCAUUCCAGCGGCGGUGGCAUUGAGAACAUGAUUGGCAACAAACUUGGACUGAUGCUCUCCGGCGGUGGAAACAAUCAGCAGCACAAUUCUGGUGGAGGUGGCCUCGGUGGUUUGCUCGGCGGCGGAGGUAACAACAACCACAACCAGAACCAGAACCAGGGCAGUGGAGGCGGCCUCGGUGGCCUUAUGGGCAUGCUUGGUGGUGGCGGCAACAACAACCAGAACCACCAAGGUGGAAACGGCGGUAGAUAUGACAACUACGGAAACGGCAACCAGGGCUCUGGCUCCCACCAUAACGAUAACUCUGGCGGUCUUCUCGGCAGUGUGAUGGGUGCUCUCGGUGGUGACGACCGCAAGAACAACCAUGGCGGCUACAAUGGUGGAAACAACCAGGGCGGUGGCUUCUUUGGUGGUUCUGGUAACCAAGGCGGUAACCACCAUUCUGGCGGUGGAAGAUACAACAACAACAACGAUAACGGCGGCUCUUGGGGCUACAACAGCCAGGGCGGAAACCAGGGUGGCUAUGGCGGUGGCCAGGGCAACUAUGGUGGAAACCAAGGUGGCUACGGUGGUGGAAACCAGGGCGGCUACGGUGGUGGAAACCAGGGCGGCUACGGUGGUGGUAACCAAGGCGGCAGAUGGUAG